GUGGGCCACCACUUUUUUAUGAUGGAGACAUUCCUUGUCCUUGGGUUAUGUUUCAUAAUAUAUGAAGCACUGGAUUUCUUUCAAGGAUGCCUGCAUAGUACGUCACCGAAUUCGACCGAUCAAAUCGAGGCCUAUCGCCGCCAAUUGGACGAGCAGCGACAACAGCUGCAGCAAGAGCUCAUAGCGAAUUUAACGCCGCUCUUGGGCGCCCAGCUGUUGGCCGCCACCUCCAGCGUUUCGCUGACGCGCGAUUCCACCGCCAGCAUCAUAAGUGAACAGUUACGUGCACAACAACAACGCGAACAACUCCAACAGCUAGAGGGCGUAUACGCGGCAGUAGCAGCGGGCGCACCCAGCAACGCCGGACAAUCGUUGAGUACUCCAGCUUUGCAUAGCAGCGGUUUGGCAGCCUUUCGCUCGGCCGCUGGUAGCGGGAGCUUGAGUGUGGCCAGUGAUAGCAGCGGCGCCGCAUUUCGUCCCGCCUCUAGCGCUUACGAAUCGCAAGAAUUGUACGCGACUUCAUCACCGCGCGACUACUACUUCCUGCAACAACAACCAAAGAAUAAGCAUUCAGCGCGCUCGCUCUUCUCGAAGUUCGGCGCUUUCAACUCGAUAAUCGAAUUUUCCGAGACCACAGCGGUGCUGGGCGUACUGCGGGCGUGAUUAUCACAACAGCCAGCGGCGAGUGUGAAUCAUUUUGAGUGCUCGCCAGCGACUGUGCCUGCCUCGCCAUUGGCUGUGGACUAGCGCGCCAUAUUGAGUAACAAUAACAAAAAUAGAAACAGUAAUAACAAAACGUACAACGAACGUAGACGCGCAGCGUGUGCGGUAGAAAGUGUGCUGGUGCAUGGUGGCGUGAUUUGCAGUCCGUCGCGUGAUCCGCCAAUCCUACAGAAUAGCUACACAACCACUUCGGUUAAACGUGCAAAUCAACGAAAUCGUAACGCCAACGCGACCGCUACACAUACGACUGCGCACGACAGUGACGGCAGUACAUGAUGUGAAUCGGAUACGAGCGGUGAUUCGUCUGACUCGUCGGCAUCCGCCUCGGCCGGUUCGGCGUCGCUCGCCUCGUGCGGUGAGGACAGUGAUCCCGGUUUGGGUGAGGAACGCGAGUUCGGUUUGUCCAAUUCGUGUUCGUCGUCGCAUGCGGACUUUCGGGAAAUCGAAUGUGAGCGGCUAAGACGCAAGUGUGUGAGUAAACGCAUCUAUAGUAUAUCGGAGAAGUUUUGA